AAUGAAAUUGAUAUUUUUGACGCAGAUCAUUUGUUUGAGAACUUGAAUGUAAUGGAUAUUCUAGAAAAGACGAUGAUUUCGGUACUUAUCGGUUUCUGUUUUAUAACUAUGCCGAUGGUGAACUGUGGUGGAAAGAAUGUGGAAUUUAUAUUGGAAACUGAAGCAUUUGUGGAUGUGUCCUGGACUGUCGAUCGUCCACUCGCUUCCGGUAACAAAACAACUCUUUUAAUGACCGGAAAACGGAUAAAUUUUCCAUUCUGUUUACGGAAAGAGAGUGCAGUGUUAGUUAAACAAGUGCUGUACUCGAAGGAUGAUCCAGGGAAUUCGCUUACAGUUCAAUUCGACGCAGAAACCGUUGCCAAAGGAGAAACGUAUGGAAAAACUAACGGUGGCAAUCAGUGGAGCGUGAUUAACUCGAUGAGUCUGGCAGGUAACGAGGUAGUGCUACAACGUGGACGACACAUCAUGUCUGUAUUCCCGGAGUCAACGGAUCAGAAUGGGGUGGAACUCGAUAAAGUUGUCCUAGUAGUUGAUGAUGAUUUAUUAAAUGAGGACAUGUUCACAUGUAAGACCUAUUGUCUUCCAGAAAUACCACAACAUAGAUAUACACCAGUCGAACGUCUCCCAGUUGGACGACUCGUUCAAAGAAGCACCACGACAAAUUGCACUGAAAAGAAGAAUGUCGUAAUGGACUUGUAUCACUCGAGUAUUAAAAAGUUCCGAAUCACCGCCCAGCACCCAUCCUACAGAAGUCUCUUGAACGUCCGAAAAGCCAAUUAUACAAACUGUGACGUUCCUAAGCCUACAAUUUGGGAGUUUGGAAACUUCAGUCUAACCGAUGGACUAGCAAAUAAAGCUUUAGUUGACGCUGAAGGGGUUUUGCUGCAGCUGGAGAAGACCCCAGACGCUGUGGGAUGUUUCGAUCUGGGAACAAAUUUUAACAUCACUGUCCAACGUCGGGACAUAGAUAUUCCUCAAUUAGGUGGAAAGUUGAGUUUAACUAUUAACGGUCAUACUUCUGAUGUAACAGUUGAUAGCCAAAUCAAAGACAGGGUAAGUGAAUGGAUACAUUUUGCAAGACGAACAAUUCCAAAAUCACAGAGCAGUUUAGAAAUACCAAUAGAUGACGGGACCUGGUCGAGAGUCAACAAUCAAGUCCAGAUGAGAGUCUGUGGCGGUGGAAAGAAUUUUGAAAUAGAGUCUUGGAAACUAACCAGGAGAGAGCUGAAAUCAGACAAAGCAGAAAUAUUUGCGGAUACUGGUGAUUUCGCAGCGGAAGCUGUGUUCCGCGAUAUCUGGUGGAUGGGAGAUGAAGGGAUGAAACUUUCAGUGAAAGGUAGCACCAUUGUCUCAUACGGACAUUAUAUCAGAAUCUACACACGUGUUCCAUGGGGAGGUUACUCUCAAACCCUUGUUAUUUAUCAAGAUGGCGUUAUACGUCUACUGCCACCAACAAUGCACGGCACGGACUGGAUCCCCUUCGGAUCGUUUGUGCUUACGGGCCGAUUUGACCCAAAGAAAAGGCUAUCAAGUCACGCGGCGAUACAAAAUAUUGAAAUAAUACCACAGGAAUUUCGUCUGAUAGUUCAUUACGCCGAUGGUAAUGUUUGGGAAUAUAAACUAUCAAAUGGUCUGGAGAGAACGUGGGUAGACGUUGAUGUUAAAUCGGAGGGUGCCGUGGAGGAGUUAUCUACCUUGCCGUUUAUUCAAUUCAGGUCAAUGUUCGUCAAGGAUGGGAGAUCUAACGUAGAUCGACUGAGCGUCAAUGGGUUGAAAGAACACAGAAUUUUGGAUAACUGGUCGAGUUUGUUCGGGUCCUCGUUUUUCUUCUUCCGUGGCUGUGCUUCUGAUUAUCACACCCAAGCCCCUGAUAUUCACGUGGAAUUGUUGGGAUAGAAAUUUGGUUGGUAGUCGCACACACUAUCCUUAUAUAGAAAACUUGCUUGGAAUACGCGCACACAUUAGCCUUAUAUAGAACUUGGUUGGUAUACGCACAUAACACAUAUGGUAGUAUAUACACCCGAAUAUGUAUUUAGGAUUGAUUAUGCUUUGUUUUAUAUAUGAAAUGAAAUGAAAUAAAAUGAAAUGGGGUUUAACGUCCUACUGUUUUGCUCCGACUGUGCUAAUGAAGACGGACAUACAGUCCCCUAUGAGUGAAAAUUUUACCGGACAGCGGCACUAUGGCCUACUCUUAUAUCGAUCGAAUUCCAAUUGCCAAGUGCCAUCCGAAUGACUAGACAGCUGUCCCUGUCAGGCCCUCCGUCCUGCGGUUUUAUAUCUGAAUAUGUGCAUCUAAUUGUUACUGGAUUGUCCGUGUUGUAUUCUCAUAUCGUUUGUCUCGUUUGUGUUUUCCUGCGCAGUUAUCAUGGUUGUGUUUCAAGGUGUGCCGUUGGCAAACAAAGGUUGAGGGCCACUGCAAUGCACCAAUGUUCUAAAAUCAGUGGGAGCUAGACGAAAAAGAAAAUCUGUUGCGAUAUGCAGUUCAAGUGACUGUCAUUUUUCUUGUCUUGUUAUCAGAUUUUAUUGUGUAAAAGAUGAAUUCUCAAUUUAUCAGGUGGUUGGGUGGUUGAAUGGUCUUAGAGCGCGCUUUAGAUCACAAGGCCUCGCAUUGAGUCAAAUGGCAUGGUUUCGAUUCCCCGCUGGUACACCUGUAGGGUUGCGCGUCAAACCCCGUGACCGUUCUCCGGGUCCUCCGGUUUUCCCUCACAGCUACAUACCCUACAUGCAAGCGAAUUAUUGAAAUAAAAUUGAAACAUGUGUUAGUCUCGAUAUGGCCUACCUAUAAUGUUUGUGUCGAGGGGACGUUAAACCCCAUUGAUCA